UGCGCCCCCCACCGUCCGCCGCCCGCCGCCCUGUCCGGCCGUCCCGCAGCGCCGUUUGGGAGCGAUCCGCUCUCCCGCACCCGGAGUCCCAGAUGGCUUCAGUGACCGAUAGUAAAGCCGGAGUCAAAGAUGCCUCUGACCAGAAUUUUGACUACAUGUUCAAACUGCUCAUCAUUGGCAACAGCAGUGUUGGCAAAACCUCCUUCCUCUUCCGCUAUGCUGAUGACACCUUCACCCCAGCCUUCGUCAGCACUGUGGGUAUCGACUUCAAGGUGAAGACAGUUUACCGCCAUGAGAAGCGAGUGAAGCUGCAGAUCUGGGACACAGCUGGGCAGGAGCGGUACCGGACCAUCACUACAGCCUAUUACCGUGGGGCCAUGGGCUUCAUUCUGAUGUAUGAUAUUACCAACGAGGAGUCCUUCAAUGCUGUCCAAGAUUGGGCUACUCAGAUCAAGACCUACUCCUGGGACAAUGCACAGGUUAUCCUGGUGGGAAACAAGUGUGACAUGGAAGAAGAAAGGGUUGUUCCCGCUGAGAAGGGCCGGCUCCUCGCAGAGCAGCUUGGGUUUGACUUCUUUGAAGCCAGUGCCAAGGAGAAUAUCAGCGUGAGGCAGGCCUUUGAGCGCCUGGUGGAUGCCAUUUGCGACAAGAUGUCUGAUUCGCUGGACACGGACCCCUCCGUGCUGGGUGCCUCCAAGAACACCCGUCUCUCGGACACCCCACCACUGCUGCAGCAGAGCUGCUCAUGCUAGGCAAGGCGCACCCUCCUGAUCUCCCCUCAUUGUGGCCCCCACACCCACUCUGCUUCCCUUGUCACACUCUGUCCAUCCCCAGCCCCAAGCCAGCUGUGUUGCUGCUGUUCUUGGCCUGCAGCGGAGGUGGAGGCAUGCUCCAGGGCUUCUCUGCAGAUGGCCCCACUUACAGACACUCAGCGCUAGACUAACAGCCAGGUUGCAAAAAGGGUGGAGAUUCACUUUACAAAAAAAAAGAUUCCAUUUUACAGAGGGGAUUCACAACGGGGACUUGGAAAGCGACUCUCUUAGAUUUCCUUCAUUUACCAAAAUUUGACACACAUAUGCUUUUCAGGGCCUAGCCAACCAUAUAAAGAGAGGCCCACCUGCCCAGCUAAUCCUGUUAAAGAAAAGCUCCCCCUACACAACAUGCUUGUUUCAUAUCAGGCUCCCCUGUGGAGCUUCCUCACAUUGCAAGUGAAGCUUCGGCUCUCAAAGUCCUAAGUCUGUCACCACGGAUGCCCACGGGGCCUGGGCAGUUGCUGUGGUGACAGGCCAGAGCUAAUCUCCAGAGAGAGGGAGCUCUCUAAUGAUACUGAAGGAGCAAAGGCUGAGUCAGAAACACACGUAAAAGGAAAAGAUUAUUACCUGCAAAAUGUCAAAGGUUCCUGCUAUAUGAAAGAGCAAGGCAGGGAGCUCAAGACAAAGAGAAAGAGAAACAGGCAAGAUAGAGAAACAGGUCAUAAAUUUCUGAUUUUGCUGAUUUUGUUGGUUCUGAAUCUUUCCAGCUGGUUCUAAACUAUGGGAACUCGAAGAAAUUGGUCAUUGGUUCUUAAAUUCCCCAAAUCUGAAAAAUUUGGAGUUGGUAGGGUCCCAAAUUUGAUCUGGUCUAACUAGUUAAUUCCAUUCCUAUCUCUGAUAGGUAAGUGGCUGUCAGGACUCAUGACCAAAAAUCUCUUCCUCUGAGGCACAUGUUCGGGCAGAGAUGGGAGCUCAUUGUUCACACCAUCUUUGGGCAGCUAUCAUAAUCUGGUUUUUCCUUGUUUUAAGCUGAAAUCUGUCACCUAGAUAUUCUUCCUUUUCUCACUCAAUUUGUACUAGCACUGCUGUCAGAGGCCUCACAGAGUCUGCUCCCUCUGUCCCAUGACACCCUUAGGUGACUUGAGAACAGAAACCAUGAUCCCUGGGAUGUGCCCUUUUGCUAAGUCAAAUAGCUCUGAUUCCUUCUGCCAGUGUUCACAGGGUCUUCUCCCCAUCCUGCCCUUUCUCCCAGCCCAUCUUUCAAUCACUCCUGAGUAGUCUAACUGGGAAAUGUGAUUCAAAGCAGAAUAAAUCUAAGGAGGGGCAUGACCCUGAAAAACUGGGAAAAUUAAAUCCAAAUGUAUCAAUCCCAACCUCAUAUUCUCCUGGGAGUAAAACCUUAGUUUUUACCAAAAAGCAGAUGUGAAACAACUCCUGGAGGAAACUGCUUAA